UUGGGGCCAUAAAUUUUUUACCCGUUGUCUCAGCAAGAGAAUAAAUUGGUUGCCGUGUUUCCAUGUAUAGUACUGCUGCCUCUCCAUUAUAUUUAUAGUAGUGUACACAUCCUUAACCUUAAGCUAAUGAACAAGGUAGCUCCGAAAAUGAGUUGCAUCAAUUUGGCAUCAGUGAUGGCCUUGUUGUUAUGCUUGGUGGGUUUAAGUCACACAAAAUGUGAUUUUGAGGCAAUCUUCAACUUCGGGGAUUCAAACUCAGACACUGGUGGUUUCUAUGCUGCUUUUCCCGCAGAGUCUGCUCCUUUUGGAGUUACUUUCUUCAAAAAACCAGCUGGCCGGGCUUCCGAUGGCAGACUCAUGAUUGAUUUUCUUGCUCAAGCUCUUGGAUUGCCAUUUUUGAGUCCCUAUCUGCAAUCAAUAGGAUCAAACUUCAGACAUGGGGCCAACUAUGCAACAUUGGCAUCCACUGUGCUUAUUCCUAACACUUCUUUGUUUGUCAGUGGAAUCAGCCCUUUCUCUCUUGCUAUCCAGCUCAACCAAAUGAAGCAAUUUAAAACCAGAGUCCUUGAAUUUCAUCAACAAGAAGCCAAGCUUCCUUCACCGGAUAUAUUCGGAAAAUCGCUUUACACAUUCUACAUUGGCCAAAAUGACUUCACUUCCAACUUAGGUGCCAUUGGUGUAGGUGGAGUGAAGCAGAGCCUUCCUCAAGUUGUUUCAGAAAUAGGUGCCACAAUUAAGGAACUAUACCAUGAUGUUGGAGGACGUACAUUUAUGGUGCUCAAUCUUGCACCAGUGGGAUGCUACCCUUCAUUCUUGGUGGAGCUUCAACAUAAUAGUUCAGACAUUGAUGAAUUUGGAUGUAUGGUUUCCUUAAACAAGGCCGUUGUGGACUAUAACAAGAUGUUGAAAGAGACAUUGAGAGAGACUAGAGAGACUCUUUCUGAUGCUAAUGUCAUUUAUGUCGAUGUACACACUGUUCUGUUAGAGCUCUUUCAGCAUCCAACUUCUCAUGGGCUGAAGUAUGGUACGAAAGCAUGUUGCGGAUAUGGAGGGGGAAAGUACAAUUUCGAUCCAAAAGCUUACUGUGGCAAUUCCAAAACAAAAGCAUGUGAUGAUCCUUACAACUACGUAAGCUGGGAUGGAAUCCAUGCAACAGAAGCUGCAAACAAGCUUGUUACCUAUGCCAUUCUCAAUGGUUCCUAUUCUCAUCCCAACUUCCCUCUUCAGGAACAUUGUCAUCUUCAACCUAUAGGUUGAUGCACUUUCCGAAUUAAAGGCUAAACUAGCUAGGAAUAAUGUUACACAUAAUAUUUACAAUAUUUCUGAUCUAUGAGGUUAACUAAAGCCAAAGUUUGCUGUUA